AUGGCGCAAAAGGCAAAGAAGGACAGGGCGAAAUCCAACGCCGCCGCUCUGAACAACCUCCAUAUCGGCUCUGCCAUCGUCAACAUCGGCUUCCUCCUUUUCCACUUCUUCGUCAGGUCGCGCUCCCUCUUCUGGUUUUUCCUGCUCUCCGCCCCAGCCCUGAUCUGCGAGUUCGUACUAGAGAACGCCGGUCGCCCCAAGUAUGACGCCGCCGGUGGCCUCAAGACCUCGGGAGAAGACCUCGCCGCCGCCGGCCUGACCGACUACAUGUUCGACGUCGUCUGGGUCACGUGGGCAUCCGUCGUCCUGGUUGUUUUGUUCGGCAAUUGGGCUUGGAUCUUGUGGCUCUGCGUUCCCGCCUACGGCGCUUACGCCGGCGUCGGUUUACUUGGCGCUGGCAAGCGGAUGGCUCAGAUGGGCGGUGCUGCCAACACCCAAGAGCCUGCUCCGCCCGUUAACAGGAGGCAGCGCCGGGCCGCAUAA